AUGGCGCCAUCAUCUCGACCGGCUGCGCCCAAUGUUUUCGACUCGGUGAAUGGCUCUAAUCCUCCAAUUCACACGGACUUCACCAAUGGUGCGCUCGGCAAUAUUCCAGUAUUGCAACCUAACCACAACUUCUCGACUGGGGCUCCGGCAAGCGCUGCAGCCGACCUGUCCAUGACUAGUCCCCCAAGAGGCCGCGACAGAGGUGAUGCUAUUAUGAGUAGCCCCUCGAAAGACGACGCUGUCGAGAACGUAACCAUGAGCAGUCCUCAAAGGACUCGCCAUGAACAGCGCGCAGCACACAAUGAAGCUCACCUCCAACAAUUGGAGCAAGAGCGUGAACAUGAGGAGAGGAAGGCAGCGGCCGCUCGCGAGCACGAACUUUUGCUGCAGGGUGAUCGUGACUACGCGCUUGGUGAUUUCGAGCCAGACGAACCUGCAGACUCGGCUAUGAACACUACACCAACCAGCACCGCACCCACAGAUGCAGAUGUGGGCAACGUACCAAACAGCAACCCACCUGCAGACGACAACAUGGACACUGAGCCAACCGGUACCUCAUCCACAGACGCAGACAUGACCAACGCACCAGCCGGUAGCGCCACCCCAGCCCCAUCUUCAGAACCAGGCUCAACCACACCGCUAGGACUGUUCACUCCACCGGUCCCACACUCAACCAGAGAGGUUGCUUACUUGCGUUCAAGGCCUUACAACGAGAGUGGCGCCUUCGAUGACAUCUACAGACACAACAACUAUGAAGAGCCCGAUGAUUACGAUGAAUCUGGUGAGCCUAUCUACCUCAACCCACCGAGAACGCGCAGGCCUUGA